AUGUAUAUUGAAUAUGUGAUACUGGAUGGGUUCAAAAGCUACUCCACAAGAACAGUAAUAGGUCCUCUAGAUCCACACUUUAAUGCCGUCACGGGGUUGAACGGGAGUGGGAAGUCGAAUGUUUUGGAUAGCCUGUGCUUCGUGUUUGGAAUUUCAGACCUGUCGACAGUGAGAGCGACGAAGUUAGACGAACUGAUCUAUAAGCAGGGGCAAGCUGGUAUAACGAGAGCAUCAGUGACCAUAAUCAUAAACAAUAACCAGCCGAACUCGCCACUUAUGCACCCGUACAACACAAUGAAGGAAAUAACAAUAACGCGUCAAAUAGCAAUAGGAGGAAAAAAUAGGUACUUUAUAAACAACCACCCUGCGACGCCGAAGAACAUUUUCGACUUCUACAACACAGCAAGAAUGAACAUAAACAACGCAAGGUUCCUUAUAAUGCAGGGAAGAGUAACGAAAGUGGUAAACAUGAAGCCGAAGGAGUUGCUGGAGCUGAUAGAGGAAGCAAGCGGAACGAGAAUAUACGAAAACAAGAAGACAGUGGCACUGAGGUUGAUAAAGAGGAAGGACGAGAAGAUGCAGGAGAUAGAAAAAAUCAUAAAGGACGAUAUAUCGCCAAUGAUGCAGAAGCUGAAGAGCGACAAGGAUGAUUUCCUGAAGUACAGUAACGUUAAGGACGAGUACGACCGCUUGAAGAAAAUACAGGCGUACCUGCAAUACAGCUAUUACAAGGAGUCGAUGGAGAAGUUGGAGGAAAGUUACAGGAGUAAAAAGGAUGAAAUGGAAAAUAACCUGAAGUCAGUGAAGGACAUGGAUCAGCUGAUCAAAAGUAUGAGUGAGAAGCUGGAACAGGAGCAGAAGACAUUGAGUUCGACACAGAAACAAGUGGAAGCGUACAACUUGAGAGUAGAUACAGUGAAUAAAGCAAUAUCGAAGCUGAAAAGUAACAAGAAAAUCACGGAAAAGGACUACAAGGAGUUGUUGGACGCAAUGGAGGAGACGUCGAAGGAGAUAGAAACGCACACAGCAAGUUUGAGCGAGUUUGGACAAGUGGACGCAUUCAACGAGUUCGCAAAAAAGGUGGAAUUGGAUAGAAAGAAGCUGAAGGAACUACAGCAGUUGGCGAAUACAGGAGGGAAGGUGGGCCAGAUGAGUCAGCUUAAGUCGAAGCUGUCGUCGUGCAUAUCGGAAUUGGAGAACUCGGAAAGAGUAGUGGCGCACCUGGAGCAGGAGAUAAGGAAGAAUGAGUUGAAAUUGAAGGAGUACAACGAGUCGAAGAGUAGCUACGACGCGAAGAUGGAGGAGAUCAACGAGAGGAAAUCGCAACUGGGGAGAAGAAUACAACAAAUAAACAAGCAGCUGGCAGAGCACGGCCAGGGAGACGUGGUGGCGGAUCUGCAGGGAAAACUGCGGAAGAUGAGGGAGAAGAGAGAGAGGCUGGAGCAGGAGCUGUGCAUGAACGAGCAGGAACUGAAGAAGCACAGAGUGCAGGUGAAGACGGUAGGAGAUGCGACCGGGUACCACGGGCAGAUCUUCGACGUAUUGGGCCUGAAUGAGCUAGGAAUUAGCUACUCAGUGCCAAUACACGUGUUGGUGGGCUAUAAGCUGAGUUACCUGGUGGCAAUGAACUCGAAGCACGCGAAGAGCCUGUUCAAGCUGAAUAACUUCGCAAGCAGCAGCAAGAAGGUGACGAUAGUGCCGCUGGAAGACAUCAAGGUUAACUACCUGCUGACGGAGGAGGACCUGAGGCAGAUAAAGGCAACUUUGAGCGUGGGAAAGGAAGAUGAGAGGAGAGUGCUGGGCUACUGGGAAGUGUUCGAGUACGAAGAAAAGUUCAGGAAGCUGGCGCAGUACGUGAGCGGAAACUGCGUCUUCUGCAACAAGGACAGCGACGCGAAGAGCAUAGCGUACUCGAAGGAGCUCAGAAAGAGGUUCGCAACGGCGACGCUGCAGGGAGACAGGUACGACACGUCAGGAACGAUGUCAGGAGGAGGGAACAAGUACCUCAACGAGACGCUGAAGACAGUGUCGAUGUUGAGGAGCGCCCAGAGAGAGUUAGAGGAAGCAGACAGAGAGGUGUCGAAGCUGAAUGACCAGCUGGCACAGUGUAAGAGUAUGACGGAUGAACUAUACGACCUGAAGAGUAAGCACGAGUUGUGCACCUCAGACCUGUUGAGUCUGCAGAUGAGGCUGAAGGGAGGAGAGUACUACACAGUGCUGGAGAGAAUCAACAGCAGUAAGGCGCAGCUGGAGACGAAGAUGAGCAGAAUGAGUGAGCUGAGGGAGAAGAGAGAGCAGUACGAGCAGGAGCUGGCAAGUCUGUCGAAGAGUAACGAGGGAGACCUGGAGGGAAAGAUUAAGCUGAUAAAGGAGAGUCUGAAGAAGGCAAGUGUCCAGCUGGAGCUGCUGAAGGAGCAGAACCUGAAAAAGAGCACGCUGGAGCACCAAAUAAACUCGAACAAGCAGGAGCUGGAAAAUAAGAAGAUGCAGAAGCAGUCGCUGGAGGAAAUGAAGAUGAGCCAAGAAGAGGAAAUAAAGCAAAAAGAAGAAGAGCUGAAGAAACUGAAGAAGGAGCUCGAGGGAGAAAACAGUAACCUGAGCAGCGUGCAGAGCGUAAUAGAAAAGACGAUUAAGGAUAAGGAAAAGCUGGCCUCGAGCGUGGAUGAGAUGAACCUGUCGAUAAAGCAGCUGGAGUAUGACCUGGAGACGUGCGAAAAGGACAUCAACGAGUACCAGGUUAAGAUGGCGAAGCUGGAAAUCGAGAACCCGUACGUGGUCUCGCCGGACCCGGAGCUGUUAGAAGGCGCGCACCUGUCGAGUAGAACGAGCAUCAUGGACAGCCACAGAACGACGAGCUCGAACAGAGAGUCCUCAAGGUCGAGCAGGAACGAGAACACAGGAGAGUCGGCACCGGACGGGUCAGGAAGGCUGGACCCAGGAAAGGAGACGAGUAGAGAAGGACCGACGAUGGGCAUGGCGAGAAGUGACAGUAACCAGGGGGAGGGAAGCAGAAGCAACUCGAGAAGAGACUCGCUUAAGGACAGCUCAAGAAGGGAGACGAGCAGAGACUCGAGCAGGAGAGAGCAGGGCAACGUGAAGAGGGACCUGGCGCACGUUAACGCGAAGCUGGAGCGCCUGCAAAAACUGAAGGAGAAGCUGAGCAGAAGAAUAAACCAGAAGGCGCAGCAGAUGUACGACAACAUCCAGCACGAGUACAACGACCUGAUCAAUAAGAUGAGCAAGGUGCAGAACGACAGGAACAAGAUAGAAAAGACAAUAGAGCAGCUGGACAGGAAGAAGCAGCAGAGCAUUAACGAGAUAUUCACGAAGGUCAACGACCACUUCGCAAAAAUAUUCUCGCUCCUGCUCAACAAUGCGACGUGCAAGCUGGUGCCCGCGGACAGCAAGGACAUCAACUCGGGGAUCCUGAUGAAAAUAUGCUUCAACAACGUGUGGAAAAACUCGCUCUCGGAGCUGUCAGGGGGUCAGCGGUCGCUGCUGGCCCUGUCUCUGAUCCUCGCGAUGCUGAAGGUGAAGCCGGCGCCGGUCUACAUCCUCGACGAGAUCGACGCGGCGCUGGACCUGAGCCACACGCAGAACAUCGGCAAGAUGGUGAAGCAGCAGUUCCAGUACUCGCAGUUCAUCAUCAUCAGCCUCAAGGAGGGCAUGUUCAGCAACGCGAACACGCUCUUCAAGGUGAAGUUCCUGAACGGCCACUCGGUGAUAUCGCGCCACACGAGCUCGGCGGCGGCCGGAGGAGCCGCCAGCAACGCAGUCCUGACGAACGGGGCGACCAACACGCUCGAGACUGGGGGUGCAGACGGAGUUUCGGAGCACGACCGGAAUGGUUUGAACGACGCGCGGGGUGUAAACCACGGAAGUAGCCAAAACGGCGAAGUGCACCACACGAGGAAGAAAAGUAAAAAGAAAUAA